UAGAUGUAGGGAUUUUUUUUGGAAGUAGGCUACUUUGACUUGCGCUCUAGCUGCCAGGGUGUAGUCGGAUAUAGUUCCUUUUCUCCAAAAGUUUUUUUUUUUUUUUCACAUGGCGGUGGUUACAAAACACUAAUAAAGUGAAGGUUUGCAAGAGAGAAGUCGCGAGGAGAUUAAGCCACAACUAUCGCUUUUUGUAGGUGAAGCGAUUACCACCAUUUUCCGCAUGAGUUUAUUUAUAAAACCACAAACUGGGUAGCUGGCGAGUUACCGCAAACUUUUUAAAGACUGCAAGGAUUUAAGGGAUCAAGUCAGUGACGGUAGCUACUUGAGGUCGCGUAAACAAAAGGACACAAUGUCGUUUUUUAGCUGUUUGUUAUUAUGGACUUUGUGGGCAGCGUGCAGUCAUGGAGCGAUGGAUGAGUGUAUAGACGAGUCCGAUCGGCCUCAGCGCUGCAUGCCAGAGUUUGUUAACGCCGCUUUCAAUGUAACCGUAGUGGCCACCAACACUUGCGGCUCGCCGCCUGAAGAAUACUGUGUACAGACCGGGGUAACGGGAGUCACUAAAUCAUGCCACAUUUGCGAUGCCGGAGACCCCAGAAACCACCACGGCGCUGCUUUUCUCACCGAUUACAACACCCAACCGGAUACCACCUGGUGGCAAAGUCAGACUAUGUUAGCGGGCAUCCAGUACCCGAACUCCAUCAACCUGACCCUUCACCUGGGCAAGGCUUUCGACAUCACCUAUGUGCGUCUGAAGUUUCACACCAGUCGUCCUGAGAGCUUUACCAUCUACAAGCGCACUAGUGAAGACGGGCCCUGGAUUCCCUACCAGUACUACAGCGGCUCCUGCGAGAAGACCUACAGCAAGAUCAACCGCAACUUCAUCCGCACUGGUGAGGACGAGCAGCAGACUCUGUGCACAGAUGAGUUUAGCGACAUCUCUCCGCUCACCGGAGGAAACGUAGCCUUCUCCACACUCGAGGGCCGACCCAGCGCAUAUAAUUUCGACAACAGCCCUGUACUGCAGAAUUGGGUGACUGCCACGGACAUCAGAGUGACCCUGAACAGAUUAAACACUUUCGGAGAUGAAGUUUUCAACGAUCCCAAAGUUCUCAAAUCCUACUACUACGCUAUCUCUGACUUCGCUGUGGGAGGAAGGUGCAAGUGUAACGGCCAUGCCAGCGAGUGUGUGAAGAACCUGUGUAAACUGGGCUACUUUAAUCUGGACCCCCAGAAUCCUCAGGGAUGUACUCCAUGCUUCUGCUUCCAGCAUUCCACUGUGUGUGAAAGUGCUGAUGGCUACAGCAUACACAAAGUCACCUCCACCUUCGACAGGGAUGAAGAGGGCUGGAUGGGACAGCAGAGAGACAGCUCUAGCAUUCCUGUGCAGUGGUCACCCACCACUCGAGAGAUCUCACUCAUCUCAGAAGACUACUUCCCCAUCUACUUUGUGGCUCCAGAGAAGUUUCUUGGUGAUCAGCUGCUGAGCUAUGGUCAGAACCUCACGCUGAACUUCAGGAUUCAGCGACAUGAUGCACGACUCUCAGCGGAGGACGUUGUGCUGGAAGGGGCCGGGCAUCGUGUUGCUGUGCCACUUAUUGCCCAGGGUAAUUCCUACCCAGGAGAGGAGACACAAACCUUUGUGUUUAGACUCCAUGACACUACUGACUAUCCUUGGAGACCCACCAUGAAACACGCCGACUUCCAGAAACUUCUGCACAAUCUGACUUCGGUUAUGAUUCGUGGAACCUACAGUGCAAGUAGUGCUGGUUAUUUAGACAACGUGUCCCUUAUGACUGCCCGCCGUGGCUCUGGAACUCCAGCUCGUUGGGUUGAGAGGUGUACGUGUCCUCAGGGUUACGUGGGGCAGCACUGUGAGCAGUGCGAUCUGCGAUAUAGGAGGAGCCAACCUGAGCUGGGCCGCUUUAGCAGUUGCGAGCCCUGCAACUGCAACGGACACAGUGACACUUGCGACCCUGUGACAGGAAUGUGUAACUGCCAGCACAACACUGCUGGCAUGAGCUGCGAGAGGUGUAAGGACGGGUUCUAUGGUGACUCUACAGUCGGCUCAUCUUCAGACUGUAAACCCUGUCCCUGCCCCGCAGGUGCCACGUGUGCCGUGGUGCCCAGGACCAAAGAGGUGGUCUGUACAAACUGCCCAACUGGAACCACAGGUAAGAGAUGUGAAUUAUGUGAUGAUGGCUUCUUCGGGGACCCUCUUGGUGAAAAUGGUCCAGUCAGGGCGUGCCGUGCCUGCAGCUGCAACAACAACAUCGACCCCAAUGCUGUAGGCAACUGCAACCGAGAGUCAGGCGAGUGCCUCAAGUGCAUCUACAACACAGCCGGAGUCUUCUGCGACCGUUGCAAAGAGGGUUUCUACGGCGAUGCCCGUGCUGCAAAUGUAGCUGACAAAUGCAAACCGUGCUCGUGCUCUCUGUACGGUACAGUGGACAGGAAGACGACCUGCUCUCAGGUGACGGGGUUUCUACGGCGAUGCCCGUGUAUUCCCCAUGUCAUUAACAGAGACUGCAGUGCAUGUGAUCCUGGUUUCUACAACCAUCAGAGCGGCAAGGGCUGUGAACGAUGCAACUGCAACCCUAUUGGCUCCACAAACGGUCAGUGUGAUAUCGUUAGCGGCCAAUGCGAGUGUCAGCCUGGGGUCACAGGUCAACACUGUGAGCGCUGUGAGGUCAACUUCUUUGGAUUCAGUUCGUCGGGUUGCAAACCUUGUGACUGUGACCCAGAAGGCUCAGAGUCUGCUCAGUGCAAGGAAGACGGGCGUUGUCAGUGUCGCCCAGGCUUCGUGGGAGCUCGCUGCGACAUGUGUGAGGAGAACUACUUCUACAACCGCUCCACACCAGGUUGCCAGCAGUGUCCCAACUGUUACAGCCUGGUCAGAGACAAGGUGAACCAGCAGAGACAGAGGCUUCAUGACCUACAGAAUUUGAUUGAUAAUCUGGACAAUGCUGAGAAUACAGUGAGUGACAAGGCCUUUGAGGACAGACUGAAGGAGGCAGAGAAAACAAUAAUGGACUUACUGGAAGAGGCUCAGGCUAGCAAAGAAGUGGAUAAAGGCCUUUUGGACCGUCUAAACAACAUCAACAAGACCCUGAACAACCAGUGGAACCGACUGCAGAACAUCAAGAACACAGUGGACAACACAGGAACGCAGGCAGAUCGAGCACGGAACCGAGUCCGUGACGCAGAGAACCUGAUCAGCACCGCUAGAGAGGAGCUGGACAAAGCCAAGGAGGCCAUCAGUAAAGUGGACAUUAAAAUACCCACAACCUCUGGAGAUCCAAACAAUAUGACACUUCUGGCAGAGGAAGCCCGCAAACUGUCCGAAAAACAUAAAGCAGAUGCAGAUCAGAUUGAGAAGAUCGCAAAGGACGCCAAUGACACUUCCACUAAGGCCUAUAAUAUGCUGAAGAAGGCGCUCGAUGGCGAGAACAAGACAAGCAGCGACAUUGAUGAACUCAACAGGAAAUAUGUCGAAGCAAAGGAUCUAGCCAAGAACCUGGAGAAACAGGCUGCUAAAGUACAAGCUGAAGCAGAAGAGGCAGGAAACAAAGCUCUGAAGAUCUACGCUAACCUGACCAGCUUGCCCCCAAUCGACACCAAAACAUUAGAGGAUGAGGCCCAUAAGAUAAAGAAGGAGGCAUCAGACCUGGACAAACUAAUAGACAAGACUGAGAAGGAGUACAAUGACCUGAAGGAAGACCUGAGGGGCAAAGAGACAGAGGUCCGCAAACUACUGGAAAAAGGAAAAACUGAGCAACAGACGGCUGAUCAGUUGUUGGCACGUGCAGACGCAGCAAAGGCCUUGGCUGAGGAGGCAGCAAAAAAAGGCAUCUCUACCUUCCAGGAGGCCCAGGACAUACUGAACAACCUCAGAGACUUUGACAAGAGAGUCAAUGACAACAAAACUGCUGCUGAGGAUGCCAUGAGGCGAAUCCCAGAAAUCAACGCGACAAUCAAUGAAGCCAAUGAGAAGACCCGACGGGCCGAGGCGGCUUUAGGCAACGCAGCUGCAGAUGCUAAAGAAGCGAAAACGAAGGCAGAGGAAGCUGAGAAAAUAGCUAAUGAUGUGCAGAAGGGUUCAGCAAAGACAAAGGCAGAUGCAGAAAAAGCUUUUGAAGACACCAUGAAACUGGAUGGAGAGGUGAACAACAUGAUGGACCAGCUCACAGCUGCUGAGAAAGAGCUAGAGAAGAAGAAAGCUGAGGCAGAUGCCGACAUGAUGAUGGCGGCCAUGGCAUCUGAUAAUGCUAAAGAAGCUGAGGGCAAUGCCAGGAAAGCCAAAAAUGCUGUCAGGACAGUGCUGAGCACAAUCAAUGAAUUAUUAAGCCAGCUCGGCAACAUCGAUAAGGUGGAUCUGAGCAAGCUGAAUCGGAUCGAAAACGCCCUGAAAGAUGCCAAGGACAAGAUGGCAGGAAGUGAGCUGGACAGGAAGCUGAAGGAGCUGAACGACAUCGCUAAGAGCCAGGAGGACAUGAUCAGCGACUACGACCGUCAGAUCCAAGACAUUCGAAAGGACAUCGCUAACCUCAACGACAUCAAGAACACUCUGCCAGAAGGCUGCUUCAACACUCCGUCUCUAGAGCGGCCUUAACCUCUCCACGCCACACCGCUACAUCUGCCUUACACUCCCUGUGUUCUUCAGCAUCCCUCUCCAAACCCUCCGCCGACACCACCCUCAACCAAAACAGGCCUUGUUUUGUUUCAAAUUCUUUUAAUUGCAUUUUAUUUCCUUUUAUUAGGUUAUUGUUUGUUUGUAUUUCUAUACGUUUCUUCGAAAUCAUGUUUUACAAACAGAAGACAAAAGCAGCUUUUAAUGUUUUGAUAUGCAGAAAUGCUACGUGAAGAGAACUCCAAGUAAUGGCCGUGUGUGUGUGUGUGUGUGUGUGCAUGAGCUGUUAGGGGCCUCGAGUUGAACCCUCAUGACUGCACCAUUUCCAGCUCUUUCUCUCAAAUCUCUUGUCUUUACAACCAAAUCAAAAUUACGACCUAAUCAGAUGCCAAGACAUUUGUUUGAGGUCAUUUGCUACUUAAGCUCGUGUAUAUCAUCAUUGGUAACGCUAUUCGCUCAAAGCUAACAGUGAAGGAAUCUUAAUUUGUUCGGAAUGCGCCUCUUCGUCGCCCCUCGUGCUAGAUUUGGUACUGAGAGUGAGUCGAACACGUAAAUACAGUAUUUCAGUUCAUGUGUAUAUAAAUUGUUCAGUACUAAAAGUCCCUGCAUGGCUCAGCUGACUUCAUGCAUUUCAUGGUUGCGACACAUUUCAGUUUUGUGUUUGUUUUGAUUUUUCAGACGCUGCUGCUUAUUACAGGUGUCCUGCGAAACACAUUAACAUGAGCAAAACUCAACACUAUGCAACUUUGUACAUUGGUGUAGCAAGCCUUUUAUCUGAUACACUGGUGCUAAUAAUUAUUUCAAAUGUUAUAUUUUUGUGUGAAUGUUUUUUCUUCUUCUUUUUUUAUUAUAAUAUAGAGUUGAGGAACUGUUAUUUGUGUAAAUAUGCUUAAAUGAUUCAGGAACGGCUGAUUUUUGAAU